AAACCCCUGCAGUCUCACAAAUAGUAUCUCUGCUUCUGACACCCAACGCUGCAACCAUGACCACCUUCGAUGAAAUCCUAGAGGAGGCAGGGAAUUUUGGUCGUUGCCAAAAGCGCAUUUUCGCUCUGCUAUGUAUGGUGUCGUUGCCUUUUUCUGGGGUCUAUGUGGGCAUUGUGUUCCAGGGGUUCACCCCAGAGCAUUGGUGCCGGGACUCAGGGGUGAGUCAGAUCCGGCAGAGCUGUGGCUGGAACCUGAUGGACACUAGAAAGAUCACGGUCCCUCUGGUCAACACCUCAGGAGUGCUGGUCCACAGCCAGUGUGAACAGUAUGACCUGGACUGGAACAAUACGGGUCUGACCUGUGACAACCCAGAGUCUGACCUCACCGACGCCCACCGCAGCAAAGCUCCCAUGACCUCCUGCAAAGAAGGCUGGGAGUAUGACUAUCAAGGCAGGCAGUCCUUUGUGACCGAGUUUGACCUGGUAUGUAAUGAUGCCUGGGUGGUGGACAUGUACCAGGCUACACUCAAUGUGGGCUUCCUCGUUGGAAGCAUAACUUUUGGAUACCUGGCUGACAGGUUCGGCAGAAAAAUGAGCUUCUUGAUGUCCAACCUCUUGAAUGGGGUUGCUGGAAUACUUGUAGCAGUGGCUCCAAACUAUAUAUCCAUGCUUGUAUUUCGCACAAUCUUUGGCUUUGCUGUCAAGGGAGGCUGGAUGUCUGUAUAUGUGCUUAUUACUGAGCUGGUGGGAGUUGAGUACAGGAGGAUGGUGGGCGUGAUUUUCCAGAUGUUCUUCAGUGUGGGUAUUCUCGUUUUGACCCUCAUUGCCUACCUCAUCACUGACUGGCGCUGGCUGCAGGUGGCCUUCACUGUUCCUUACUUCAUAUUUCUAUCUUACUUCUGGUUGAUCCCAGAGUCUCCAAGAUGGCUUCUCUCUCAGAACAACUCAACCAAAGCUAAGGAGAUCACUGAGGCAAUAGCGAAGGAAAACAAGAAAACCCUCUCCAAGAACAUUGAGACGCUGAGCGAUGACAAUGCAGAGACCUCAACUGCCUCUUUCCUGGAUCUGGUCAGAACUCCAAACAUGAGAAAGCACACCUUCAUCCUCAUGUUCAACUGGUUCACUAGUGCUAUUGUCUACCAGGGUCUUAUCAUGCGUGUGGGAAUCGCAGGAGGAAACGUCUACAUUGACUUCCUGAUCUCUGGCCUGGUAGAGUUCCCUGCUGCCUUCCUAAUCCUCUUCACCAUCGAUCGUAUUGGACGUCGUCUUCCCUUUGCUACGGCCAACAUUGUAGCUGGAGUAUCCUGCUUCAUCACUGCUAUGAUCCCAGAUAGUUACUUCUGGGUCAAAACAGUUGUGGCCUGCGUUGGCCGGUUGGGCAUCACCAUGGCAUUUGAGAUGGUGGUGUUUGUGAACACUGAAUUAUACCCCACCUUUGUCAGGAACCUGGGCGUGUCAGUGUGCUCCACUCUGUGUGACAUCGGAGGCAUCGUUUCCCCGUUCCUGCUCUACAGACUGGCUACCAUCUGGCUGGAACUGCCACUCAUCAUCUUCGGGGCGAUAGCGUUCGUAGCUGGAGGUUUAGUCUUGCUGUUGCCUGAGACCAGAGGUGUAACACUUCCUGAGACUAUCGAUGACAUUGAGUUCCCAAACAGACACAAAGAAAACUGCCUGAAGAGUCAACAGCUGACAAAUCUCUUGCCCACUGACAUGACGACCAACAAAGAAACUACAAUCGUCUGAUCGAUAUUGCUCCACCUCUUCGCCACAAGAUUGACAGCAUACUGAACUCAUAUACUGUAUUUACGAAUGUAUAACCUAUAAUAUGUUUUUUGCAUUUGUUGUUUCCUAACACUAGCUGAUGUGAAUCCUUUCAUGUUUUUGUGAUGCUGGUAUUUAUAUGUAUUACUGUACAGGACAUGAUUUUAGAUCAUAAUAAUGAUCAUAAUAAUAAUUUAGAUGUUAAAAUACACACAAUGGUGAUUUCUAUCAUUUAAAAAAAAUAUUUCAGUUGGAAAUCCCCAAAUGAUAUCCACUAUCAGUCCUCCACUAAUUUUAUGGUAGAAGUUGCCAGAAAUGUCAUCUUCUCAAGUGUGUUUUGAGAAGAUUUUCUUAUUCUAAACUGUCUCUAGUUAUCCCAAAUGUUAACAUACCCCAGUCGUGUUAAUGUUAUAUACAUGUAUUGUUGACUGACCUGACUGAAAUUAAUAAAAAGGUUUCCCAUCAAAGAUCCCAAUGACA